GCAGAGCUAGUGGCGUGCGCUGCUGCACUUCAUUUGGUGUAUCUGCGGAGUCUCAUAGAGGCCAACAUGCGUCUGGAUAUACACGAGCUUGCUGGACAGCACUAUGGAGCCUGGCAGCGGCUCUGCUGCUCGCUCUGCCAAUCGCAGCGAGCUUUGGUUGCCUUUCUGCGCGUGGAGUGGGAAAGACAAUUCUGUCAAGGCUUGGCUCCUUUCAUUCUCCACCGCACUCUUCCGGCGACGGCAGCUGCCGUCGCAGCCACGCAUCAUCGCAUGCAUCCGCAAAAAGCCCAGCAGCAAGAACGUGAGAGAGCCUCCAGCGAAAAUGCCUCACCAGCUGCGGAGGAGCAUACCCGCGCACUAGAAGAUCUCGCAGUUUUAGGAGUAAUUGGAGAUCAUCGUAUAGGAAUGCAAAGAGCAAAACGACUUCUGCAAGUUCUCAGAACGCGAGUGGAGCCGCAGCAACUGGCUGAAGACUGGCGUAAAGCUCUGAACCUUCUUGACAGCCGUCUCUUGGAUGUUGUGGAUAACAAACUGUGA